AUGCACCGGGGUCAAGCACAGCAGCAGAGCAGCCUGCUCAUCUGUGCUGAUGCGGAGACGAAAUCUGGCAAACAGGCGGCCUCAGCGGUGAGCAACGCAGCCACGGCCAAGAUUAAGGCUCGGGACCUGCGCGGCAAGAAGAAGGAGGAGCUGCUAAAAAAACUGGACGAUUUGAAAGUGGAGCUAUCCCAGCUUCGCGUCGCCAAGGUGACAGGCGGCGACGCGUCCAAGCUCUCCAAGAUACGAGUUGUCCGCAAAUCCAUCGCCCGUGUUCUCACCGUCAUUAACCAGACUCAAAAGGAAAACCUCAGGAAAUUCUACAAGGGCAAGAAGUACAAGCCUCUGGACCUGCCACCCAAGAAAACUAGAGCCAUGCGCCGGCGGCUCACCAAACAUGAGGAGAAGCUGAAGAUAAAGAAGCAGCAGCCGAAGGAGAGGCUGUACCCGCUAGGCAAGUAUGCGGUCAAGGCCUAA